GCUGAGGAGGCUGAAGGGAAGAAGGCAGUGAGCACUGUCACGGAAAGCACUGCAGACCCACAGGGAGUGACAGCCCUGGGGAGCGCCCAACCGCGCCAGGAAAGCACCGGCCACAGUUGUCUAGAAACUGAACACGAUGUAGGGCCGGAGGGACAGCCUGGAUGUCCCAACGAUGGCAUCCUCUUAAAGGCACCUUCCGAUGCCCGCGAACACCUUUCCCCGUGGGUGCCGGCCCGGGCCAGCGACUUUGUGUUGAGCUGAAGGAACGAGUCUCCGGCGUUCCCGAAAACCUCUUUCUCUCCUGAUUCAUGAGCCAGCAGGAUGCGGUCGCCGCGCUUUCAGAACGCCUUCUCAUAGCUGCGUACAAAGGCCAAGCAGAGAAUGUGGUUCAGCUCAUCAACAAGGGCGCCAAGGUAGCCGUUACCAAGCAUGGCCGGACGCCCUUGCAUCUUGCUGCGAACAAGGGCCAUCUUUCUGUGGUCCAGAUCUUGCUGAAGGCUGGCUGCGACCUUGAUGUCCAAGAUGAUGGGGGCCAGACCGCCUUGCACCGGGCCACGGUGGCGGGGAACACGGAGGUCAUCGCGGCGCUCGUCCAGGAAGGGUGUGCCCUGGACAGACAAGACAAGGACGGGAACACAGCUUUGCAUGAAGCAUCCUGGCAUGGCUUCAGCCAGUCAGCCAAGCUGCUCGUCAAAGCAGGAGCCAACGUGCUUGCCAGGAACAAGGCAGGGAACACGGCCCUGCACCUGGCCUGCCAGAAUAGCCACUCCCAGAGCACGCGUGUCCUCCUGCUGGGCGGGUCCCGCGCUGACCUCAAAAACAAUGUGGGCGACACCUGUUUGCACGUUGCUGCGCGCUAUAAUCACUUGCCCGUCGUUAGGCUGCUCCUCAGUGCUUUCUGUUCUGUCCAUGAAAAGAACCAGGCUGGAGACACAGCACUGCACGUUGCUGCUGCCCUAAACCAUAAGAAGGUGGUUAAAAUCCUACUGGAAGCUGGAGCGGACGCGACCAUUGUUAAUAAUGCAGGCCAGACUCCGCUGGAGACUGCCCGCGACCACAACAACCCGGAGGUUGCUCUUCUUCUCACAAAAGCUCCCCAGGUCUUGCGCUUCAGCCGAGGGCGAAGCCUGAGGAAGAGGAGGGAGAGGCUGAAGGAGGAGCGGAGGGCCCAGUCCGUGCCGAGAGACGAGGUGGCGCAGAGCAAGGGCAGUGUCUCGGCAGGAGACACCCCCAGCAGUGAACAGGCUGUGCUCAGAAAAGAAGAGGCCAGCGAAGAUUUCCUGUCAGCCUCCCCAGAGCCCAGAGCCAAGGACAACAGGAGGAGAAAGUCAAGGCCCAAGGUGUCAGCAUUUUCUGACCCCACCCCGCCAGCCGACCAACAGCCGGGACACCAGAAGAACCUGCACGCCCACAGCCACCCUAAAAAGAGGAGCCGGCACCGCUGCUCGUCCCCGCCCCCACCCCACGAGUUCAGAGCUUACCAGCUCUACACGCUGUACCGGGGCAAGGACGGGAAGGUGAUGCAGGCACCAAUAAACGGCUGUCGGUGUGAGCCUCUGAUCAACAAGUUAGAGAACCAGCUGGAGGCUGCCGUGGAGGAGAUCAGAGCAGAGCUGGGGUCGGUCCAGGACAAGAUGAACACAAAGUUGGGCCACAUGGAGAGCAAGACCCAGCACCAGAUGCGCGUCCUGGACAAGCUGACGGCGGAGCGCCUCUCGGCCGAGCGGACGGCGUGCCUGGGCCGCCUGCAGCAGCACGUGGACGCGGAGCAGCACGCGGGCGACAAGCGGCAGAUGUCCUUGGUGGAUGAAUUAAAAACCUGGUGUCUGUUGAAGAUUCAGAGUCUGGAGCUGAAACUUUCUGGAGAUUCCCGGGCCUCCAGAACCAAAUCCGCACCGUCUACGUGCGAGUCCUCCACAGGUGUGGAUCAGCCGGUGGUGACUGCAGGGCCGGCAGCGGCCUCGGACAGCUCCCCUCCGGUGGUCAGGCCCAAGCACAAGGCCCUCGGCUCCGCAGCCACGCACCGGCUCCAGCAGGACCUGUCUUCUUCCGACGGCACAGGCUCCCGACGGAGGCACGUCGAGGUCCAGGCAGCCAUGCCGCCCUCCAGCGAGGCCACGUGUGAGCGGCCGGCGGGGCCCGGGGUGAACAGAGGCACCCAGACUAAGAAGCCUGGCAGGAGCGGACAGACAAGGCACCGAGCCCAGCACCCGGCGGCCGGCAACAGCGGUGGGCAGCCGCCGGCAGGCAGCGGGCAGGCCGCCCCUCACCUCCGAGACACCUCCCAGGCGCUGGAGCUGACCCAGUACUUUUUUGAGGCUGUUUCUACACAAAUGGAAAAGUGGUACGAAAGGAAGAUUGAAGCGGCGCGGAGCCAAGCCAGUCAGAAGGCCCAGCAGGACAAGGCCACUCUGAAGGAGCACAUUAAAAGUCUGGAGGAGGAACUUGCGAAGCUCAGGACGAGGCUGCAGAAGGAAAAUUAGCCCCCGGAGCGUGGAACGAGAACGGAUCCCUGAGGAUGUCCCGUCUACAACUGCAGAGAGCUUUGCCCAAGCAGUCGAUUACCGUGUACAUAGCAGACUUGCCUUUAAAAAGAAAUCACUGAUUUCUAAAAUGUGCCAGAUACAUGUUUGCUGUGCCCCGAAGUUAUGAAGACUUCAACAAUUACACUGAAACCAGGGGGAGCUUGCUUAGUUUUGAGUUCAUCUGAAGUUCAAAAGCUCAGACUAAGCAAGCCAUGAUGAGAAACUGAAUAAAGUGUGAGCUAAACCCUAAAACUCAAGAUGUGGAAAUACGUCAAAAGCAAGACAAAAAUGAAUCCCUUCUGAACUCAAGCAGUCAUUCAUAUAAAUGUGAACACACCUGCUGUGCCUAGACGAGUGUCUUUUGGUAAGAGCGCUGUAACUUUGAGAUGUGCUAAACCCUGCCUAACAUUCGCGAUUCUCAAAAUGCUGACAUUUUAGCCAGAUGAAAACUUGCCAGAUUUUGAGGAGAAAGAUUUUCGUGACGUUACAAGAUCCAGUAUAUCUUAAAAUGUAUUGAAAGUCAGCUUAUUUAAAUAAUAAAUAAUUAGUCAACAGCUCUGGAAUUAUUGAGAUCAAAUGAGAAAAGUUCAAAUCAUUUGACCAUUGUUUCUAGAUUUUCAGCCCCGCAAAAUCACCAAUUAAUCAAUGAUUUAAAGCAAAUGAACGGAAAAACCAUUCACGUAACAAUUACUUGAAGCUUCUAUAACCUUGUCCUAAUCCAAUCCAAUUAUCUGCGUACCCUUCUGAAUUUGAGAGUAUUGCUCCAUAUUUUAAUAGAAAAAUAAGGCUGUUUUCUACAAAUGUUUUUUUAUUAUUAUUAUUUUUUUUUGAGUUGGAGU